GCACAAAAUAACUUGUUUUCAAAACCAUUAAGGCAUCAACCCAUUGUGAGUAUUGUAGUGAGGAAGACAGAAGUGGAGGAACAUGAUGAGCAAAAGAAGAAAAGGAAGAAAAAGGGAGAUGCCAGCAACAAAAAACCAUUGGGGUGAUGCUGCAUUUGGAGCUGCAAGUUCAUUUGGUGAAUCUUCAGGUUCCUUAUUGCUGCAGUUGGGGCAUACCCACUCCCUUUCAGACUGUCAAGAUAAGUGCUUAAAGUGUAUCCCUCAAGAGGUGGAGAAAGACAGAACAAGUGAUAGGUUACCGGGCAUGCCUCACAGUGGAGCAAAGGUGGAAAACAAUUUGGCAUGAAGGUUGGAGAUCGGAAAAGGUGCUAGCUUGUUUACUUUUAAAGAUAAGGGGUCACAUCAAAUACCUCCUUGUCAUAGUAGCAUCUGCCUGUGCAUACGUUGAUUGUUGGAUUAGGAGAUGUGAAAAAGAAAAGGGCAAAGAAGACAAAGAAUUUUGUUUGGAUCCUUAUGAAAAUCUAUUGUAUAUAAUCCAUUCAUUACAAUGUCUUUUUUGGACCUUCUACUAGUAGGACCAAUCACUUGCAGAAGAUAAGGAAGAAGAAGAAGAAGAAAAAGAAGAACAAUAAGAGCUAGUAAGGGAAUAUCCUCAGUCAAUCAAAGAUAGUUCCCUUG